AACCAUACAUUCUUUAAUUGGCAUCGAUGGAAUGCAGCUCGGAGAACUUUAAAGAACAAAAAGGUGAACUAAACACGCUAGCGGCGAAAACUGGCAGCAAAUUCCCUAAUACGUGGAUGAACGCGGACCCUCCGACCAAUUCCACUCGAUAGAAGAUAGUCAGCUUGAUGCUGACUACAACACUGUAGGCAUCCCUGAACGCAUGGAGAAUAGAAACUGGCCCUGGGUCCAUCUUGGAAACCUUGCCCUGAAGUAAUGCGAAAGCAGUCCCGGACUGCGGGAAAAUCCAUGAUAGAACCCUCCUUACGGCCUAAAAAAAAAUAUUAUUAUUAUUUUUAUCAUUCAGAUUAUUAACAUUCAUCACCGACUCUGACAACAAGUUUUCGAGAAAAACGCAUUUAAAGUUUUGAUUACACUAAGUUAAAAAAUUCUGGCAAAUACACUCAUAUCUCCCAAAACUAUUUUCCGGAAAAAAUCAUGAAUUUUUAGUGUAGUAUACUUCUUGAACAGUGCGCCAAUACAACUCUGGGUAUCAAAAUUCACGAGUUCUGUUAAUAACUCCUCAGCUUUGGCUAGAGCAGUGUUCAACCAGAUUAUCGCUAUUCAGCAACAAGUUAGUAUAUUUUCUUUUUGGCAAUUCGCGAUGAUAUGAGGGCGUGGCAGAUGGUUGACUGGUGUUGUAGCCGAUGUUUAUAUACCCCUGUAGCUUUAGUAUAACAAUACAUUUUAACAAAGUUAUUGCUAAUAAAUUUUCCCUAAAGGUGAGGAAUGGGGUAAUAGAAUAAUACCUACGUCGACGAGUACACCCUUCCUAAUGCUAUGUCUAUAUUAUACCAUUGCCACCUACGAAAAUUAUAUAUGCUUCGGUCUUCAGCUAUCAGAUUGCACAGCUACUAAAAACAGAAUUAUUAUAUAAUAAUUUUAAAUAUUUUAUUUUACUGCCCUUUUAUCCUACCUCUUCUCGAGCCUGUUGAGUUGUACGCCUCAAAAUUACAACUGUGCUGCAACGCUAAUGAUCGUCACGUAGUUGAAACUGCCAUCAAAAUGCUAUUAGAGCAAAACUAUGCAUAGCUGUAGAGCGGCGUCAGCACUCGCUCGUUUUCAAUUUAAACUCGCGCAAAGUUUACAAUCAACAGAUUGUCGUCGGACAUUAUCCGAGCAACACAGCCACAACCGUAGCCCCAAUGCCAGCCGCAAGCGUAACCACGGACAUUGCGGCAAUGGUGGUGAAAAUGCGACUGGGAAAAUCAUAUAUAUAUACACAAACAUACAAACCUAAAUAUGUUGGCUUGUGGCGUGCUAUCUUAACAACUCACAGCUUUUAUGUCGAUUUAGAGCGUUUAUUGUAUUUAUUGUAUUUAUUGUUGUAUAAAUGUUCACAACUUGUUGUGCUUUGUCGUGUUGCCGGAGUGAGUAUGUUGUAAAUUAAACGGUUUAUGCAUGUUGUUCUGGUGUUUAAGCGUGUUUAAUGGGCUUGUUAAGCAUACACAUUUAGUGCUUAAGUUGAAUAUAAUAUCAUUGCCUUUUUGAGUUUAAUUUUGUACAAUUUUCUAAUUAAUAUUUUCAUAAAUGUUCUCAAAAAUUCUAAUAAUAAAAAAUUAUAAUGGACAAAAUCAAAGCAUUUACCUUAUCAACUGCGAUCUAUUUAUGCCGAAAUGCGCAUAAAUUAACACCUAAAUAGGUUAUGCAUAAUUAAGUAAAAGCUUGCAUGCUUUUAAUCGUUCAAGCGCACACAAAACUUCCAUAAUCUAAAGAAUUUUAAUUGACAUAUUAUGACGUGAUUAUAUGAACAUUAAUAAUAAGGUAAUCUACGAAAAUUAGGGAGACAAAAUAAAUACAUAAAUUGCCAGCGAUGAAAGAAAGAAUUAUGUUAAGCUUAAAAAUUAACUGUUUUUGAAUAAAAUUAACGAAUACACUUCCAAGAAAUAUGAGAAAACGCCUAAAACCACUUAUAAAAGCAAUUUCACAUUGCAAUAAUGUUAAAUUAGAGUUCGUUAAAGUAUGUGUGUAAAUCAGUGAUGAUCAUAAAGAAAGGACGAAUUUUAUUUUAAAAGCUUUGAAGCUUCAUUUAAAAAUCGUUUAAAAUUAAUUAUUUCAAGAAUUCCAUUAUAUCUUCAUCUUCACUAGAAUUAGCAGUUUUCAUUUAAGUAGGUAUUAGCAUUAGCUUUUAAUUAAACGUAUUUCAAGAAAAAUGCUUUAUAUGGUAAACGAAAUGUAUAUUAACAUUAUUUACUUUAAAAUUCAUGUAUACAUGUGAGCUUUCAGUUUUGUGAAUUUUAAUUAGUAAAAGCUUGCACAUUUUUUCAAAGUCUCUUUCCAAACUUUUUUGUUUCAAUAUAGGUUCUUUGAACACUAAUCAAAACGAAUCUCAUUAAGAAAACUUAAAAAGCGUGUAAUUUCCAUGAAUUAUUAAAAAAAAUUAUUAUACUUGAACUUUCACUGCAAUAGUACACAGUAAUGGAAAAGUGUUCUCAUGUAAGCGCUUUCACUAGUAAAAGCUUGCACAUUUUUCCAAAAUUUCAGCUUUUCUGAGUAUUACUCUAAUCGAAUGCCUUAGUAGGUUUUAAUGAGAAAACGUUACAAUCCGCUUUAAGAAAAAAAUUUAAAAUAUUUAAUAAACUUGAAUUUUCACUUUAGCAAACUAAAACAUUAUUAUAUAUGCGUUUUCACUACCAAAAGCAUACAAGAUUUCUCAAACUUUAAGCGUUUUUCACUCGCUUUCGUCUCUGAAACGGUUCUUUGAGCCUUAAUCAAAACGACUUUCAUUAAGAAAACUUUAUUUAAAAAGUAUAAUAAUCAUAAAUGACUUAAAACUGCCCACUAAACUUAAACUUUCACUUCAAAUAGCUUUCAGUAAUGGCAAAGCAUUUUCAAGUAUGAGCUUCCAUUUUUAUAAGCUUUCAGUUUCAAGUUUCUUAUAGUGUUAGUUUAUCCACUUUUUUGGUUUCCAAAAGGAAGUCUAGGAGUCUUACUCAUAUCGUAUUUCAUAAAAGGUUUCAUUGAGAAGACAUUUUAGAUAUGAAAUUAAUAUUGAAUGAUUAACAUACUUGUAGAGCUUUGACUAGCUUUCACUGAUAGCGAAGUAUUCUACUUCAAGAAUAUUUUAUUGCUAUGCGCUUUCUUAUAUUAAAAAUUGACUAUUUUCUCAAAUCUUCAGCUAGUUCUUCAUGUUUGUUUCCAAACGAUUCUUGACGUCUUAAUCAAAACAAAUGUCAUUAAGAUGGAUCUAAUCUAUUCAAACUUAAUAUAUAAGAGCAUUUAAGAUGUGUAGUAGUUAUUAGAACGCUCUUAUCUCUCAACAAACAUAUAUUUUUGUUAAUUUUAAGGUUCAUUUUUGUAGAGAAGUAAAUAUCCUACAAAUCCUAUGCGUAUUCUGAAUUCUAAAGAUUUUUUUUCAUUUAGUUAUAAAAUUCAAAAGAAAAAGACAAAUUUUCCCUAAUAUACUUGUAGUAAAAUUUCAACCGUUUAUUUUUCAGAGCGUCCAGUUUUCAACCAAAUCUAUGAAACGAGAUAUUUUUCAAGUAGUUGAAAGCGAGAUAUGAGUCUUUCUAUAUGAUAAUAAGAAAAAAAAUGGAAAACUCUAAGGCGAAAGACCUUCCCGUUAUAAUUGUGGCCUCAUACCGAUUCCUACUUGGAGAGACUUUCUUAGAUGUGACUAUGAACCAAAUUUUCUAAGUGACCAGCGAAAAACAUUCCCACCCUUUAUUAAUAUACAGACAUAUGUCUCACCAAUUGUAUACCAAGCUAUGAUGUUCAAAACUUUCUCACAGGCUACAACAACAAAAGUGAACAAAAUCACUCGGGAUUAGCUCGUGGCAAAAGUGACCAAAUGCUAAAGGAUAUAAAAUCAGAAAAAUACAAAAAUAAAUCAAAUAAAACAAACAAAUAAAUCAAAAAGACAGCAUUAAGAAAUUGACCAAAUCGAGUUAGUUAUAACCGGAUAUUAAACGGAAAACUGUGCGACGAAGGAUAUCAAAAAGAAUGGCUGUUAAAAGCACAUACUAUAAAUGUCACUUAUCGGCUGAAUGGGAAAAUUACCUGCGACUCAGAAACAAAUUUAAUACACAGAGAAUGACAUCAAUAACUUCCGGUAUUUGAAGUCUAGCCUGGUUUGUGCUUGGCAACUUAUACUUCAGUUGCUGCAAAGCUAUAAUACCCUUCACAAAUAAAAAAAUAAAAAUAUAGGAACUUAAUUGUGAUCAGUCAAUUUGUAUAGCAGCUAUAUGCUAUAGUGGUCCGAUAAUGGCAGAUCCGAGCUUCUUGAGGAUAAAUGGAUUUGUGCAAAAUUUCAGAACGAUAUUUCAAAAAUUGAGCGCCUAGUUCGUGCAUAUACAGACAGGCUGACACACGGACAUAGUCAAAUCGACUUAACUCGUUAUGCCAAUCAUUUAUGUAAACAUUUUAUAGGGUCUCCAACGUUUCCUUCUGGGUGUUACAAACUUCGUGGCAAACUUAAUACAUACAAUACUGUUCAAGGUAUAAAAAUGGAAAUCAUUAUAUUAUAUUAGGGAUAGACUGUGGAGGCUGGACUAAGGUCUAGAUCAAUUUUUUGGAAUUGUCCAAUUAAUUUUACGAAAAGAGCACACAUAUUAGCCGAUAUACGUAAAUGGUAUAAAAUCUGACGAAUAUUUAAAAUUUGUUAUAUGAAAUAUACGAGGGCUAGGAACCUACCAGGCUGUAUUAUUUUCAGGUAAAGAUGCCCACUUAAUUUUACUAUAUCUUACAGAGUGACUGAUUUUUUGGAUAUAAAGUCAAUCAUAGUUUCGGAGCUUCCUACAUUUGGUUUCUAGAGGACUAGAAAAAAUAUGGUUCAUCUUCGACCAUGAGCGGUGCAACACCUGAAAGGUAUUCUUUGUGCAAAAGUUUAUUUUAAUAUAUUCAUUGGUUUCAAUUUACAGUAUGAAAAAGUAUGUUUUCAUUCAUUUUCACUUCAAUAUGGGCGGUGCCAUAUCCAUUGUCCAAUUUUUACAUUGAUUCCCAUGCAGUCUUUUCGCGCCGUCUUUGUGAUAAAAUUUAAAGCUUCUGUUUUCAUUUAGUGCGUUAGCGCACUGUCAAUCGUCUUCAUAAUAACCAUUGUAUGGGAGCUGGACAUGAUUAUUACCCGAUUUCAUCCAUUUUCAAAUAAUCUAUUAUGAAGCAUUUAUAAAUUGUGUACCAUCCUACUACGACCCUCUAUACGAAAUUGAAGCAUAAUUUUUAUUUAGUUAAUUAUUAUCUCUUCUACUGUUUCAACGAACGACAGAUUAAAAACGAAAAAUUAUUAAAUUUUUGCUACUAAAUUGUCUCUGCCAUUGUGAAUAAGUACAACAUAAACGAAAAGAAGAAGACUUUGUUUACAAAAUUUAGACAGCUGAUUUUCAAACCGUUUCGUGAACAACAAAUAAAGGAAAUCAAUGGAUUUACCGAAAGCAGAAAUUUCUAUUUUAUAAAAAUAAUCGUUGGUCAAUUACCCCAAAAAUGGAAGAUAAUGCGACGAUACAAAUGGCCGCUGUAGAAAGAAAAAAACGCAUACUUAACGCCUUAGAAUAUUCAAGUAUUUGUAAUUUCAUACAGCAUUACCAUGGACUUGCCAUAGAUUGCGAGAUGGAGAUGGUGAAUCGGAUUUUUACCGACAUUGAUAAGCAGACGUUAAAAAGUAUUUUGCAAACAGAACUUUCUACACGUUUAAGAGCACAGCAUUGGCAAAAUGAAAUAAAAGCAAAAAAAUAUCUGAAAGCUUUCAAAGAUCAAUUAAGCACACAUCCAGCACCUACAUUACUCCUAAAAAUUGCAUGCUUAGAGAGCAUAAGCCCGAUGGCACUCUGUCGCGCAAUUUUGCAGGUAAAAUAUAAAUUUUUGCACAAAGCAGACUUGAGUCGUCUGCUGAAAUACCCACAUCUCAUUGAUGAUCCGAAACUAGCCGCGAAUGUUAUACAAUGCAUGUGUAGCGAUUCCCAAGAUGGACCACUUGUUGAUUUGCGUCGCAGAAUUUUAGGCGAAGAGUAUGAAUUUAAGUUGAAACAAAUGGCCACUGCCGCUAAUAUGCACUACUAUGAUGAAAAUGACUUACGACGUCUUGGCUAUGAUAAAACACCAGAUAUUAAAAUGAUUGUGCCAUUCUUGUACAAAGGUGAAGUAGUUAAUUGGAUUGAAAGUAAGGCCACCUUUGGUGAUGUAAAAACGCAUAAGUGGUACAUACAACAACAGCUAUAUAGCUACAGUAAUCGUUUUGGCGCCGGCAUUGUUAUCUAUUGGUUUGGUUAUCACGAGGAUACUCCGAGACUGCCGGAUAAUAACGUAGGCAUAAUUGUUUUAGACGAUUUCCCAUCCACUGAGCAUAUGGCAUUUCUUAAUCUGUGUGAUGAUGCCAGUCCAACAACAGAAAUCGCGUCGGAAUCAAGUCUACAAAAUUCUAAUAGCUGAAAAUUAAUAUAACGAACAUAAUACUCAGUAGCACGCUAGUUACCCAAAUAUUACGUCCAUAUAUACGCAUAUACUUAUAUUUAAAGCCAUAAUAAUUUUACUGUCGACAUGUAUGAAUAUAACUAAUGCAAGUAAUAUUAUAAUUUAUUUUAAAAAAUGGAUUGAGGUUAUCAUUAAUAUAAAUCGCUAAUUAGAACGAUUAUUAUCAAUAUGAAGCCCAUUGAGCCCAAAUGAGCAGCUUCUUGGAGGAAAAAAGGAAGUGUUCAAAUUUUCAGAUCGUUAUUUCAAAAACUGCGGGGCUCUUGUCAAACUGUCUGUACAAACGCGCGCAGCCACUAAUCUUUAAAUGGAUUGUCAUUAUUAUUCAAAAUAAUGGUAAUCGCCCUUUAAAAAAAUUGCAUUUGAACGUUAUCGAUUUCACUAUCGUUUUAGAAUCGAUAUCAAACUGUUUGUGUUUUUUGUUUACAUUACUAUUGUGAUUCGAACAAGAAGAAGAAGCAUACAAACCCCCUUUUGACACGUCAGGUUUUGGUUUGCAGUUUCUGGCAUUUCCCAGAAUAUUCAUUAUUCACUUGGUUUUUUCGGCAACAACAUUGAAUUUAAUAUACGCAUUACUUCGAAAAUAAAAUUGCAAAAUGAGACUGAAAGCUAAUUUAUUUUUAAUAUUGUCCGCUACAAUAGUGCUGGUGCAAUUUUGUAAUGCGCUGCCAGUGACCAAAAAUAAAAAGGAGGAAAAGGAAGAAGCGUCUGUAACUCCGGCUACUCCGGAUGUGGAAACAGCAUUGGAGUACGAAAGGUAUUUAAAAGAGGUUGUGGAAGCACUUGAAAGCGAUCCUGAUUUCCGCAAAAAGUUAGACAAAGCGCCUGAAGCUGACAUACGCGAUGGCAAAAUUGCACAAGAGUUGGAAUAUGUGAAUCAUCAUGUACGCUCCAAAUUAGACGAAAUCAAGCGGCGUGAAGUCGAACGUUUACGGCAAUUAGUGAAUCAGGAAUAUGAAUUGGAAAAUGAAAUAGAUCGCGAACAUUUAAAAAUUCCUCAACAUUUGGAUCACCACAACGAGCAUACUUUUGAAAUUGAGGAUUUGAAAAAGUUGAUUAAAAAAACGUCCGAAGACUUAGCUGAGGCGGAUAGAAAACGUCGUGCUGAAUUUAAAGAAUAUGAAAUGCAGAAAGAAUUCGAAAAAGAGAGUAAAUUAAAAGAACUGCCUGAAGAAGAACGCAAAAAAUUCGAACAAGAAGAAAAGGAAAAGGAAGAAAAACAUAAAAAACACGAAAAAGUGCAUCACCCCGGCAACAAAGCGCAAUUAGAAGAUGUAUGGGAACAGCAAGAUCAAUUGGACAAGAAAGACUUUGAUCCACACACAUUCUUCAUGAUGCAUGACGUGGAUGGUAACGGUUACUGGGAUGAGAUAGAAGUAAAGGCACUUUUUAUCAAAGAACUGGACAAAGUGUACCAAUCUGGAUUGCCUGAAGAUGAUAUGCGUGAGCGUGCCGAAGAGAUGGAGCGCAUGCGUGAGCACGUGUUUGAGGAAACUGACACCAAUCGUGACGGGUUAAUUAGUUUCCAAGAGUUUUUGGAACAAACUAAACGCGAUGAGUGGAACAAGGAUCCGGAAUGGGAGACUGUUGACGAAAAACCACAGUAUACACACGAGGAGUAUCUAGAAUUUGAAAGGCGCCGUCAAGAAGAAAUUCAACGCUUGAUGGCACAAGGAUUGUUGAAACCUCACCCGAACAUGCCGCAAGGUUAUUACCCAAACGACGCACAUGACACUUAUCAAGUGGGUGGUCAACAAUAUCAAGUACCUGCUGGUCAACAGAUGCAUUAUCAACAACCGCAACAACAACACCUGCAACAGCAACAACAAUAUGCCCAACAGCAACAACAAUACGUGCAUCAACAACAGCAUCCACAGGUUCAGGGACAGCCCGUGCAAUUGCAUCCCAAUCAAGCCUACCAAACGGUUAAUGGUCAACAACAGCAGUACCAACAAGUACCACAACAACAAUAUCAGCAAAUACCACAGCAGCAACAAUACCAACAGGUGCCACAGCAACAAGUACCGCAACAGCAGCAACAACAAGUACCAAAACAGCAGCAACAACAAGUACCACAACAGCAGCAACAGCAAGUACCACAACAGCAGCAGCAGCAACAACCCAUACGGCCUCAACAACAACCGCAAGCACAGCAACCUAUACAAACUGCACAACAACAACCACAAGCUGCAGCGCCCAUACCGCAGGCUAAACAACAACAAAACAUUCCGACAAAUCAUUGAAGAGACACGUCUUAUAACUUCGCUUCCGCUAUAACGUAAGUUUAGACAGCUGCAGCUAUUUACCCCGCACACAUUCGUACUUGAACAAAAGCUCUUUUCUUACGUAUUAAAUUAGAACAACGUGCUACUUCAUUAACUUACUGUAUAGUCUAUUUCAAGGUUUGCACUUUGUGGUGUCUCUACAUACAUGCAUACAUAAGCACGUACGUAUGUAUGUAUAUAUAAUUCCAUUUUUUUUUUCAAUUCUAACUUAUAACGCUUACGUAUGAAAAUACGACAGUUGAUAUGGCAUUUUCUAUACAUAGUUGUUCGUUUCAUUACAUACGAAUUUUCCGCAAUAAACUUUUGACAAUGAAAACUGAAAAAUGAAAUUAGUUUUUGUGUAAAAUAUUUUCAUAUGUAUAGUUUGUAUUUCAUUGAAGAAACUAUCAUCAAUCAAUUAUACUACCGUACAUACUAACUGUAAAUACUACUUUCUUAUAUUUUGUAGCGGAAAAAAACAAUUUCU